AUGCCCGUUUCCCAACCGGUUUCCGCAUCCAACGGCAAUAACAAGCCAUUGAGCGAGCCUCUCUCCAACCCUCCUGGAACACAAGUUGUCUUCGGACCAAAAAGUCUCAAAGUAACCAAUACUCCAGGCAAGAACCUCGUUACUACUAACUAUGCCUACGUCAAUGAAAAGGAAUUUCCCGAGUUUCCAAUUUAUAUCAAAGUGAGAGAUAUUGUAUUGAUUGCACAAUCACAUUCAGCAAUCGAGCUCGGAUCAAUUGCUUUAAACAAGAUUCAAAGACAAAGUGCCCAUUUACCAAACAAUGCCGAUGCUGAUUGCGAUAUAUUCCGUGUCCCAAAACAAAGCUUUGAGCUCUCUCUUGUUACCAUGGAAAUUGAUUUUAUUAGUCCAAAUACUGUAACUGAUCCAGAAGUAGACGGAAAAAGGCUAAUUCAGACUCUUAAAGAGUGUUAUAAUAGACAUAUAUUUGUUGAUAGACAAAAGUUUGUGAUUGAUUUUGAAGGAAAUAUGAUUCUUGUUGUCAUCAAAGAUUUAGAAGUUUUUGACACCAAAACAUUAGAGACAAACUCUGGUGAAUUGAAGGAAAUGGCCAACAUGGGAAUGCUGACUAAAAACACAACAAUCCGUGUUAUGAAGACUAAAUCGUCAAGCAUAAGAUUAACAAAUAUACCAUCGGAAUCUACUACAACCACAGACAUUUUCAACACUGCUGUCACAUUUGAAAAAUUAGGUAUUGGUGGUUUGGAUAAGCAACUCAACAAUAUUUUCAGAAGAGCUUUUGCUUCUCGAAUUUAUCCUCCAGAUGUUAUCAAAAAACUUGGUGUGAAGCACGUCAAAGGUAUAAUUCUAUAUGGCCCACCAGGUACAGGAAAGACUUUGGUCGCACGACAAAUUGGUAAAAUUUUGAACUGCAAAGAACCAAAAAUUAUCAACGGGCCUGAGAUUCUAAACAAAUAUGUCGGUCAAUCAGAAGAAAAUAUCAGAAAGCUUUUUGCUGAUGCAGAAAGCGAAUACAACGAAAAGGGAGAUGACAGCCAACUUCACUUGCUUAUUUUCGACGAAUUGGACGCAAUUUGCAAACAACGUGGUACUGUAAGAGACGGUACAGGAGUACAAGAUUCCAUUGUCAACCAAUUGUUGAGUAAGAUUGACGGUGUUAACUCUUUAAACAAUAUUUUAAUUAUUGGUAUGACGAACAGAUUGGACAUGUUAGAUGAAGCAUUGUUACGUCCUGGAAGAUUUGAAGUACAAAUGGAGAUUGGUUUACCCGAUGAAACCGGACGUUUGCAAAUUUUAAAAAUUCACACUCGUGAAAUGUCAAAGAAUCAAUAUCUUUCUGAGGACAUUAACUUUGAAUAUUUAGCUAAAACAACCAAGAACUUUUCAGGAGCUGAAAUUGAAGGUUUAGUCAAAUCAGCUGCCUCAUUUGCACUGAAUCGACAAAUUGAUAUCAAUGGAAAGAAAAAGUUUGACGAAAAGAACAUCAAAGUAACUGCAGGAGAUUUUGAAAUGGCUUUAACAGAGGUGAAACCAGCGUUUGGUGUUUCAACUGACGAACUCGAAGCUUACUUGAACCAAGGUCUUAUUAAUUAUGGAGAGCCUUUCAGCAAGUUGAUGAACACUUGCAAAUCCUUUAUCAAGCAAGUUGAGACUAGUAACAGAACUAACUUGUUGAGCAUGUUGUUAAGCGGAGCAACAGGAAGCGGAAAGACAACAAUUGCUGCACACCUAGCUGUUGAAAGUGGAUUCCCAUAUGUCAAAAUUAUUUCUGCUGAUCGAAUGGUUGGUUAUUCAGAACAAACCAUUUGUACACAAAUCAACAAGAUUUUCCACGAUGCCUACAAAUCUCCAUUCAGCAUUAUUGUACUUGAUAGCAUUGAAAGACUCAUCCAACUAGUUCACAUUGGACCCAGAUUCUCUAACCUAAUCUUACAAGCAUUGCUUGUAUUGAUUAAGAAACCUCCACCAUCAGGCAGAAAAUUGCUUGUCAUUGGUACUACAAGUAUGGCUGAUAUUUUAGAAAAUUUAGAAAUUACUAAAAUAUUCAAUGUGACCUUGGAAGUUCCAUCUUUAUCAGCCAAAUCAGACAUUAUGAACAUUUUCCUCUCAUCCGGAUGCUUUAGUAUUGACUCUACCAUUGACAAAGAAACCAUGAAGACAAUUAUUGAACUUGUUCCAAAGAACAUUCCAAUCAAAAAGCUCUUGUUGGUCACAGAAAUGGCAUACACAAGAACAGACAUGGAUGAUAGUGAUUCAAAUGAUGAGUCUCAAAGAAGAGUUACUUUUGACAAGUUCUAUCAAUCUCUCAAAGAUUGUGGUGUGUUUCCGAGCAUCAAAAAAGCCUCAUCCGGUGCAGGAUUUAUCAUGAAAGAAGAGGAAGAGGAGGAAGAAGAAAUGUAA